AUGUCACAUAUUCUCACGGUCGCCGUGGAUGCCGGUGACCGAGCAAGAGCCCUGGUGCUGCUGGCAAGCCUUGGUGGACUGCCGACCAAGCCAGAGAGGCUGGGCGCCAAGCAAGCCGAUGAGCACCGAAACCCGUCCCAACCACGGGCCAAGAAGGCGAGGGGCGGCCGGGAGCUCGAACUGGGCCUUGGCACGCAACUUCCACCCGGUCGCAACGCACUCGGCAAGCAAAGAGGAAACGAGAUGCUGUUCUGUCCAACCUGUGCCAACUGUCUCAUCAUCCAGCUCGAUGACCAGGGCAACAACAAGUGGUCGUGCCAUACGUGUCCGUACGAGUUUCCCAUCGUGCGCCAGAUGACCACACGGCUGCAUCUCAAGCGCAAAGAGGUGGACGACGUCAUGGGCGGAGAAGAAAGCUGGAAGAACGUAGAUUCCGCAGACGCGCCGUGUCCGAAAUGCGAGAAUCCAAAGGCGUUCUUCAUGCAGCUCCAGAUCAGGUCGGCCGACGAACCGACUCGUAUCCUCAGUGCCCGCGAUGCCAGCGGUGGAGGAACUUGGCUUGGUGUGACCAGAUCGGGCGCCUUUGCGACGCUGACCAACUUUACCGAAGCAACGCCCGAGUUGCCGCCGGGGAUGGAGAGGUUCGAAUCGCGCGGACAGCUGGUUCGAGACUGGCUACUCUCCUCCCACCCGUCCCCACAAACAAGACAGGAGGUAGAGAAGGACAUUCAACAGUACCUCAACAACGUAGGCGACAAGUUGCAAAGCUAUCCAGGCUUCAACUUGUUGGUGGGCAAGGUGUCGAAGCAAGGUACCGUGGUGGGGUACAUUACCAACCGCGACUCGCAGGGAGAGUUGGCCAAGCCACAACCAAAGAUCUUCGACCCACCAAAGAUUGAGCGAGUGCGCAUGUGUAGGGGCAUGUCCAAUUCGAUCCUUUCGGAGCCUUGGCCCAAAGUGCACACCGGUUCGCAAGCGUUCGAUGCUGCAUUGGGGCGCGCAUCACCUGCUUCUGACCAGGAGCAAUUGGUAGCCGACCUCUUCAGCGUACUAGCCUUCUCAUCCAACCCCACGCAAAGAUCGGAGCUGCGAAACUCGAUCCUCAUCCCACCCGUCCAACUGCCCACGCCUGCCGGAGACGGAGACUGGUACGCCACGCGAACGUCCACCGUCAUCCUCAUCGCCAAAGACGGCCGCGCCACCUUUGUCGAACGCGACAUCCACACUCUCAACCACAACAUCCCCACCCAAAUCCCACCCGGCAAAGCUCAACGAUCCUUCAGCUGGAAUCUUUUAGACUAA